CACCAGCUGCAGCUGACGCCGGUGAUGGAGCUGGCGGCGUGCCCCACCACCCUCAGGCUGCUGCAGAUGGUGGCUCUCGCGCGGCACGACGGCUGCUUCGCCCCGCUCCUCUCGCUGGAGAUGGGCCUUAGCGCCCGCGACAUGUUCCACCAGAUGGAGGGCCUGCGGAUCGCGGGGCUCGUGAUCUCGGUGCACAUGGCCAUGCCUGACCCGGUCUUGCAGCAGUACCGCGCUCGGGGCGGGCACUCAGCACAGGGGGCGCACAGCAACGUCUUCUUCCACACUCGCUUCUACAACGCCGACAGGGUCGAGGCCACGCAGAUGCAGUCGCUGGAGCAGUUCGCGACGGACCCGCUGGCCAAGAAGAUCUUGCAGGUCCUCGCGGAAGCUCCCGCCAAGGUCGCUUUUGAAAAGGACCUGCGCCUGAUCGCGAAGCAGGUCACAGAGGAGUGUGGCUUCGGGCACGCCACCUCUGGCCGCAUGGUUGGGCGGCUGUACCAGAAGGUGCGGCAGCAGCUCAGCUCGCAGCAGGUUGUCGAGUGCGUGCGCGUGUGGGACAGCACCGCCCGCACCUACCGGGACGCCCUCUGCUCCCCCGGCGCCCACAUGGAAGAGGAGGUGCAGCUGGCGUUGCAGGACGGGCCGAGUGACAGCACUGGCCCUGGCGCGCCAUCAGCGGAAGCGCCUACUGAGACGCCAAGGACCAGCCGAGGCUCGGGGGACGAGGCGGGCUCGCAGUGCGCAGGCCUGGCGGCCCCAGAGGCUGGCGCCGGAGCGGCGGUGGACAGGCUCGCCGUACCUUCAGGCGGUGCUGAUUGUGGCGGCCUGGCACCUUCGGUCAGCAGCGGCUGCGUGCUCCGGGUGAGGGAGCGGCCGCUCGGCGUGCAGGGCACCGACCUGAUCGAGUGCAGCGGCUUCUGCGGGGUGGAGAUCCCUGGUGUCCCCCCAGGCUACCAGGGCCUGAGCAGCACGCAGGUGCAGGACUACCUAGGCAUGCCUCGCAAGGGCGUUGAGUGGCUGCUGGCGGAGCUGCUGCGGCGCCGCAAGGUGGUGAAGGUCCUCGAGAGCCACGGGAAGACGCACGUGAAUUGGUACGUCCACGAGCGCCACGCCAUGGGUGCACUGGCGGCGGCCCUGGGCGACGGCGCGGCCGCCCCGGCGGCGGGCCUGGCCGACAGCUCGCUCCCUUGCCGCGGCGGCGUCCGCCCACCGCGCCUACACGCCACGUUCGAGCGCCGCGUGCACCGCACCAUGGCUCUCGUGGAGGAGCUGGGCGUGGUGAUGGCGGGCGAUGUGCGCCGGGCGCAGGAGACCGACACCGACCUGCGCAACAGCAACACGACUAUCGACCGCAAGAGUUCCCUACGCAUCCUGGAGGAUCUCGCCAGGAGGGACGAGCGGGUCGGCAUCGUCCGCACCGACGGCGGGGAGGCCAGCUUCGUCUACUGGGCCCCGAGGAUGAGCGAGGCGAGCGCGCAGCUGCACGUUGACACGGUCAAGCAGCGCUUGAGGGAAGAAGUGCGACGCAAGAAGAUCGACAGCCUGAGCAAGGGCAAGCAGCUUGCGAUCGCAGACGGCCCGCAGGUGCUGGCCCUCGCGGACGCCCCGCUCGCCGCCGAGCAGGCCUCUCAGGAGGGGCGGCCAGACGAGGCGAGUCACGCCACCAGGGCGCCGCACCCGCCAGCAGCCCGUCGGCGCCGUCUUCUACAGGACGUCUUGCCCAGGCCUGGUCUCCCCGCGGAGGACACCAGGCGCGAUCAGGUGGUCCGGGUGUUCUACGGCUGGGUGGCGCCCGUGAUGGCCCGCGUGCAGCUGCUGCACGGGUUUCUGCUCCGCCGCCUGGGCCUGAGCGCGGGCACCUCCUGGAGCGCCUCGCAGAUCGUGGACGAGAUGGACCUGCAGGUCUUCCUCCAGGUCGUCGGCUGCGAGACGCAGGACGCACGCGUCGACGACCUGCUGCGCGGCGAGGGCUUCCCGCGGCUGGGAGACCUGCCCCCCGACGUCCGGGCCGUGCUGCACAACCGGACGUACAGCGGGGCCUCCCGGUCCGCCCUGGUCGUGCGCAGGCUCAUGGCCCACCUGGUGAAGCUCCGGCUCGCCCGCCUGAGCCAGCAGCCCCGCCCAGGCUUGUACGUGACCGUGGCGCUGAACCACAAGUACGAGCUGCAGAGGCACGCGGCCUUGCACGCCAUGACCCUGGCGACCAGGGGUGGGGUGAGCGAUGACCCGCCCGUGGUCGGCAGCUUCGACUUCGCGGAGUCUACGUCGUUCAGCAGGUACUGGGAACAGCUCAAGGGGCUUGCCAACGCGUGGAUCUCCCAGAUGUCUGGAGACCAGGAGGCGAAGAAGAAGGGGGCUGCUUGCGAGGAGGCUGCUGUCAGCGAGCCAAGCUGCGACGAUGGUGGCCCUGAAGUUGGCGAAGGAAGAGGAGGAGGAGGCGGCGGCGGCGCAAGGGUCCCAUUGCCUCACAAGUAUGGCCUUGCGGAGCUUUUCAGGCGCAAGAACUGGAAGGGAAAAGGAUGGUUGACACCACAUCAACGGACUGCGAUUGAUGAUUUCUACAGGGCAGUUAUGGCCAAUCCAUGUGCCAGUGGGGGUAGAGACGAGUCCCAGGCAACAGUGCCCGCAGUCACAGUGGCGUUACGUACAAUGACGCCGCGCUCGCAGGAAGUGGUGGCACUCAGCCAGCGCGUUGGAGUGCCGCCAGAUCAGAUAGUAAAGUAUUGCGUUCAGCAGACGGAGAUCACCAGGCGCAAGGGUGCGGACGCCGAUACGCCCAAAAGAUUCUCGAUGCUCUUCGAGGUUAGGUAUCAGUGUCACCUUUGUGGGCACGCCUGCUUCCAGCUGAAUUCUAUUGAGGACCACUACCGGCAGGCACACGAGGAGGACCUUCCAGAGGACGAGCGCCUGUACUAUGAUCCCGAGUUCCUUGUGCACCGCGACGAAGCUGGCUCGCGCCAAGGCCGCGCGGCCCACGGGCAAGGGCAGGCGCGCUCGACGCCUGCGCCUGACGGACCGCCCACGCUCGGACUCGGCCGAGGGUGAGAGCAGCCGGUCCGAGGAGCAGCUGGAUCUGCCACCGCUGCCCCCGAUGCCUGC